AUGCAUUUGUAUAUAUUGAAACGGUUUUAUCUAUGUGCUAUAUACUACAUAAGGAACACGUAUUUACUUUAGAUUUUAUAACUCCCAUUUGAAUUUAAAUAACGGCCACUACAACGCUCAUCUCUAAUUCAGCAUCAGCGACUGGGGUGUACACACUGAUUUGCCUUGCUUUAAUAUGAAUGCACGGAAAAAGGCAUUUUUAUUAAAUUUCUUUUUAGACGAAGGCAUUGAAGCAAAUCUUUUGGCUCAAGCAGCUUAUCUUGCCAGCGAGUCAAAAGGAUUAGAAAAUGUUAAAGAUGACAAAAUUGAAGAUAAAGUAUACGCAGUGCUGCCGCACUUAAAGGACGAUCAAUUUAAGCAGCAAUUUUGUAUGGAACGCGGAAGUUUUGAGAAAUUACUCAGGUUAAUACAUGGUAUACUGGGUAGAAAUAGAUUCAUUGCCCGAGUGCCGUUGGACCAGAAAUUGCUUUUUACUCUAUCCUUGCUGGGCGGAAAAAAUACCUAUCGUCAAGCCGGUCAGACAUUUGGAAUAAGCACAAGUUCUGGUGCCGAGAUCUAUAAAUGGAUGACCUCCGCAUUUGCCACUUUACUGCCCAGCUAUAUGAAUUGGUCUAAUGCCAAAUGUGGAACAGAUGCAGAACUUCCUGGUGUCGUUGGCGUAAUUGGUGAAUGCCGUAUAUCCUUAAGAUCCUCGAUACGUUUAGAAGAGACUGACAAAAUUGUUAGGAACUUGGCUUUUCAAGCCGUGUGUGAUAAGCGUUAUCGCUUUCUAGAUCUCUUCGUCGAUUUGCCUAAUGAGGAUCAGCAAUGUUUGCUGUUAAGGAGUUCGCUCUAUGAGCGGCUUAUUGAUAUGGAAAAGCCUUUCAUGCCUAGAACUAAGCAUUUAGUAGGUGAUAUAUCAUAUCCACUGCUUAUUAAUCUAAUGACACCCUAUCCAAAAGAUGUAAACCUGACUCCAUGUCACUUGGCCUACAAUCAAGCCGUUUAUAAGUGGCAAAAGCAUUGCGAACGCGUCUUUGGCAGUUGUAUAUCACGAUUUCGUCGCCUUGAGAAAUUAGAUAUAACUAAUUUAGAUGUUGGCAGACGAAUUAUUUCGGCCUGUUGUAUGUUACACAAUUUCAUUUUAGAUUGUGGCGAGAGAAUUGAGGAUUCUUUCAUGAAUUUCGAACGUCAUUCGAAUUUAACUUUCGAGGAACAUAAUCUCUUGGACUGCUCGUAUACAAGGGAGGCGGAAAGGAAACGAAACAAUUUGGCAGCCAAAUUUAUAAAAAGAAAUUAAUGUUGUAUGGAAUAGUUCCGAAUUUAGAAUAACUUAAAUGAAUGUUUUGGAAAAAACUUAAAGUAUUUGAAAUGUAUACUUUUUGGCACAUCAGUCAAUUAUUUAAAUAAAAUCCUAUAUAUACUUA